AUGCACCCAGAUCGCGCCAGGUGGCGCUCCAUCUACGGCUUGCGGAUCACCCCAUCACCCUUUUUGCGCGUGGAGCUGACGGAUGCCCGAGAUGUCGCCCGGCUGCGAAGGCUGAAGGCGCUGACCUUCGUCGGCCCAGCCUCGCCUGCGCUGCGCGCGGGGCGGGCGGGGCGCGCGUCGCUGCUGGUGCGUCGUGCGGCCUCGGACGAGACGAUGGGCAAGGUGGCUGAGGAGAAGGUCACCCGGGAGGCCACGCUGACGGAGUUGGGCGCGGAUUCCUUGGACAUUGUGGAGUCCGUCAUGGCCUUGGAGGAGGCCUUUGACAUUGAGCUGCCCGAUGAGGAGACCACGCCUUUGAAGAACUGCGGCGAUGUCAUGGAGUCCCGGGUGAUGGAAAUGGGGUCAAGGAUGAGUCAAGGGGUUCCUUGUUUAGGGAUGUUUAGGGGGGGCCACCGAGGGCUGGGUCAAGGGUUGAGGAGGAUGACUAGGGCUGAUAGGUAA